ACGGCACUAUAUUUGCAUGCAUGCAGUUGCAAGAGUGUCUUUAUCAAGAAACCAUUGUUGCUUUUUAAGUUUCUUAUGUUCUCUCUUUGACAUCUUCAAUUUACUUCCUUUUCUCUCUGUAUAUAUACUAGACGGUUCAAAGCAAAGUUUCCUCAUUCUCCAUCUUCCCAAACUGUAAGAAAGAGAAAUAUUACCUACAAGUUAUACAACCCCCCAAAAAAAGUCAACAAUGUUAUUUUACUAUUUUCUUUUGUUCAUCACCUCUUUCCUUCUUCUUCUUGUUCCUCUUCCAUUUUCUCAAACUUCGGUUUAUCUUCAUCACCAAUCAGAAAAAACAAAACGACCCAAAAACACUUAUGGACCUCCAUCUUACCCGAUCAUUGGUUGUCUCUUAUCUUUCUACAAAAAUCGACAUCGUUUAUUGCAAUGGUACACUGAUCUUCUCAAGAAAUCCCCUUCUAAAACCAUGGUGGUUAACCGGUUCGGAGCCCCGAGAACCAUCAUCACGGCUAAUCCACACAAUGUUGAGUACAUCCUCAAAUCCAACUUUGAAAACUACCCAAAGGGUCGACCGUUUACCGCCUUGUUAGGCGAUUUUUUAGGCCGGGGGAUCUUCAAUGUUGACGGAGAGCUUUGGCAAGUCCAAAGGAAGUUUUCCAGCCAUGAAUUCAGCGCGAGAUCUUUAAGAGAAUUCGUUGUAGAAACCCUCGAGGAGGAAGUUGGGGAGAAGCUGUUGCCUCUGCUUGGAAUCGCCGCGAAAAAUGGCAAAGUUUUGGACUUACAAGAAGUCUUGCGGAGGUUUGCAUUUGAUAGCAUUUGUAAAGUCUCACUUGGAGUUGAUCCUUGUUGUUUAGACCUAUCUCUCUCCGAUGAAACGCCUCCUCUCGCAUUAGCCUUUGACCGCGCAUCGGAAUUUUGCGCGAAACGAGGUGUUGCGCCGGUUCCGAUUGUUUGGAAGAUUAAGAGAGCCCUUAAUUUGGGCUCCGAGAAAGAGCUCAAAGAAUCCGUUGAAAUCGUUCGUUGUUAUGUCAAUGAGAUCAUUGAAUCCAAGAAGAACAAACUCGCUGAGAAGAAGAAGCUUGAUGAUAAAGGCGGGAAAGGCGAAGGCGAUCUCUUGUCGAGGUUGUUAUUAGCGGGUCAUGAUGAUGAAAUGGUGAGAGAUAUGGUGAUUAGUUUUCUUAUGGCAGGGAGGGAUACAACUUCAUCAGCAUUGACUUGGUUUUUCUGGCUAAUUUCUAAGAAUGAUGGAGUGAAAAAGAAUGUUUUAGCUGAAAUUGAUGAGCUCAACUACAUUAACAGUGAGCUGAAUUCCUCAUUGGAUUAUGAGGAUUUGAAGAAAAUGAGGUAUACAAAGGUGUGUUUGUGUGAGUCAAUGAGGUUGUAUCCACCGGUAGUUUGGGAUUCAAAGCAUGCGGAAAAAGAUGACAUUUUGCCAGAUGGAACAAUGGUUUACAAGGGAAAUAGGGUCACUUAUUUUCAAUAUGGGAUGGGGAGGAUUUUGGAAGAGGUAUGGGGAGAAGAUUGCUUGGAAUUUAAACCUGAGAGAUGGUUUGAUGAGAAAGGGAUGAUCAAAAUGGUUAGUCCUUAUGAAUUCCCUGUGUUUCAAGCUGGUCCAAGGGUUUGCUUAGGGAAAGAAAUGGCCUUUAUACAAAUGAAAUAUGUUGUGGCUUCAAUUCUUGAGAGAUUUGAGAUUGAGCUGGUGGAUUCUAAGGAGCCUGCUUUUGUUCCUCUGUUGACUGCUUUCAUGGCUGGUGGUCUCAAAGUUAGGGUUCAUCACAGAGCCGACAGGAAAAAAAUAGUUAAGUGAAAGUGGUGGUCAAACACGUCUUGGCCAUUUCCAUUGAUGAGGGAAUCCAUGAGAAAGACAGUUGGCCAGAUCUUGUAUAUGAGAUAAAAUUGUACUCUAUAAUGUUCUUCUUCUCAAUAAAAUUGUACUAUCAAU